AUGUUGAUAUCAGGGGGGGGGGGUGUGGGGGGGGGGUGGGGUGGGUGGGGGGAUGGGGGGGGGGGGUGGGUGUGGUGGGGGGUGGAGCGUCGGGGGGGGGGGGGGGUGGGCGGGUGGGGUGGGUGGGUGUUGGUGGGGGUGGGGGUGUGUGGGGGUGGGGUCGUGGGGGUUGGUGGGGUGGGUGGGGUGUGUGGGGUGGGUGGGGGUGUGGGGGGGGGUUGGGGGCGGGUGGGGGGGGGGGGGGUGGGUGUGGGUGGUGGGGGUGUGGGUGGGGGGUGGGUGGGGUGGUGUGGGUGGUUGGGGGGGUGGGUGGUGGUUGGGGGGUGGUGGGUGGGGGGGUGGGUGGGGGUGUGGGGUGGUGGGGGUGUGGUUGUGGUGUGGGGGGGUUGGGGGUGGGGUGGGGGUGUGGGGUGGGUGGGUGUGGGUGUGGGGGGUGGGGGUGGUGUGGGUGUGGGUGGGGGGGUGGGGGUGGGGGGGGGUGUGGGGUGUGGGGGGUGGGGGUGGGGGUGUGGGGGGGGGGUGGUGGGGUGGGGGGUGGGUGUGGGGUGGGGUGGUGGGGGUGUGGGGUGUGUGGUGGGUGGGGGGGUGGGGUGUGGUGGGUGUGGGUGGGGGGGUGGGGGGGUGGGUGUGGGUGGGGGUGGUGUGGGGGGUGGGGGGGGGUGGGGUGGUGUGGGGUGGUGGGUGGGGGUGUGGUGGGGGUGGGGUGUGGGGGUGGUGGGGGUGGGUGUUGGGGGUGGGGUGGGGGUGUGGGGGGUGGCGUGGUGGGUGGUUGUGGGGGGGUGGGGGUGUGGUGUGGGGGGGUGGUGGGGUGGGGGUUGGUGGGGUGGGUGGGGGUGUGGGUGGUGGGGUGGGGUGUGUGGGGGGGGGGUGGGUGUGGGUGGGGGGGGUGUGGUGGGGUUGGUGGGGGGGGGGUGUGGGGUGGGGGUUGGUGGGUUGGUGGGGGUGGGGUGUGGGGUGGGUGGUGUGGGGGUGGGGUGGGGGGGUGGGGUGGUUGGUGGGGGGUGGUGGGUGGGGGUGGGUGGGGGGUGGGUGGAUUGGUGGUGGGGGGGUGGGGGGUGUGGGGUUGGGGUGGGUGGUGUGGGGGGUGGGGGGGGGGUGGGGGGUGGUGGGGGUGGGGGUGAGGGUGGGGGUGGGGUGGGGGUGGUGGGUGGGGGGGGUGGGUGGUGGUGGAGGGGGGGGUUGGUGGGGUGGGGUGGUGGGUGGGGGGGGUGGGGGUAG